AUGGUUGUUAACUUUUCGAAAAGGAGCGGAAAGUCCUCAAUUGCUAGCGUGGUAUUUCACAAGAUGCCCCCAAACGAGACACUCUUUUUGGAAUCUACCACGCGCAUUCAAAAGGAUUCAAUCCACUCUUUUAUGGACUUUCAAGUCUGGGAUUUCCCUGGUCAACUCGAGUACUUUGAGUCGGCAUUUGACCUCGAAGAUAUCUUCGGCAGCCUGGGCGCGCUAGUCUGGGUUAUUGACGCGCAAGACGAUUAUUUGGACUCGGUAGCACGGCUCAACCGUACCAUUCUUACCGUCCAGCAGUUCUACCCCGGUAUCAACAUUGAGGUGUUCAUCCACAAGGUGGAUGGACUAUCUGACGAGUACCGCACCGACACUUUCCAGGACAUUGUGCAGCGCAUUUCAGACGAGCUGAGUGACGCUGGGUAUGAAAAUGCACCUGUGCACUAUUACCUCACCUCCAUCUAUGACUACUCCGUGUUCGAGGCCUUCAGCAAGGUCAUCCAAAAGCUGAUCCCGAAUCUGUCUACACUGGAGAACCUCAUCAAUACCUUGGCCAACAACUGUGGCUUUGAAAAGACCUACCUCUUUGAUGUUCUGAGCAAGAUCUACAUUGCCUCCGACACUCGUCCCGUGGACAUGGCUUGCUAUGAGAUGUGCUCGGACUAUAUAGAUGUGAUUGUCGAUAUCUCCGAGCUGUACUCGUGGGAUCAUCCAGCUCGCAAGCGCCUGGGUGAACAGAUUCAAGAAGCCGAGAGUCAUGUAGUGCUACAUGACCAAACCAUGAUCCAUCUGAUGGAGAUGAAUAAAUACUUGUGUCUGGUUUCUGUCAUCCGGAACCCCGAAGCCAAAGACAAGCGAGGUUUGAUUGAUAUGAAUUGCCGCACUUUCCAGGAUGCCCUGAAUGAGGUUUUCUCGCGCAGCUGGGAAGAGGAGUCUGCAGCCCAAGAUGGAUCUUCUGCGGCCGAAAUCAAAUGA